CAGGAAGUAAGCUACUUCCGCUGACGUCAUCCGCGUGCGUGUCCGGAGCCUGUUUUGCUGGUGUUGAGCUACAGGACGUGUCAGGCCGUUUAGAUGGUGGCCCAGCUUGUCGUCGCUCGGUUCUAGGCAUGAACCGGACGCACACCAAGCGCUCCACUAUUCUGAGAAUGGCUCUGGGUGGUUCUGACGGGAGCGGCCCGGACGGGAUGGACCCGGACGCGCAGGACACGUUCCUGCUGCGGGCAGCGAGGAUCGCGGCCGUGGUGGCGCUGUACUGGUCCGUGUCCAUCACCAUGGUGUUCCUGAACAGCCACCUGCUGGACGACCGGGAGCUGGACGCGCCGCUCUUCGUCACCUUCUUCCAGUGCGCGGUGACCGUCGGCCUGUGUUGGCUCAUGCAGCUGCUGGCGGGACUGUGUCCGGGUCUGGUCGACUUCCCGUCCGUCCGGUUGGACUUGAAGACGUGUCGGGAGGUGCUGCCUCUGUCCGUGGUGUUCAUCAGCAUGAUCACCUUCAACAACCUGUGCCUCAAGAACGUCGGGGUGGCGUUUUACACGGUCGGUCGCUCGCUCAGCACCGUCUUCAACGUGCUCUUGUCCUACGUGGUGCUGAAGCAAACCACGUCCGUCCAAGCGCUGAUGUGCUGCGGCGUCAUAUUAGGUGGGUUCUGGCUCGGCGUGGACCAGGAAGGCAUCGCCGGCUCGCUGUCGUGGUCCGGCGUGGCCUUCGGGGUUCUGGCCAGCGCCUGCGUCUCUCUCAACGCCAUCUACAUGAAGAAGGUGAUGCCAGCGGUGGACGGGAACGUGUGGAAGCUGUCCUACUACAACAACGUCAACGCCUGCGUCCUCUUCCUCCCGCUCAUCCUGCUCUUCGGGGAGCUGCGUCACGUGGCCGCCUUCAGCCGCCUCGCCGACCUCCGGUUCUGGGGCAUGAUGACGCUUGGAGGCGCGUUCGGCUUCGCCAUCGGCUACGUCACGGGUCUGCAGAUCAAGUACACAAGCCCGCUGUCGCACAACGUGUCGGGCACCGCCAAGGCAUGCGCGCAGACAGUCAUUGCAGUGGCGUACAACUCCUCCAGUAAGAGCCUGCUGUGGUGGACCAGUAACAUGAUGGUUCUGGCUGGCUCGUCGGCCUACACGUGGGUCAAGAGUCUAGAAAUGAAGAACAGUCCGAGCAAAGGUUCUGAGGACCCGGCCAAAGAGAGGCUGCUCGCGGGCGACAAAGGCGCCGUCGGAGUGUGACCACUGCACGCGCUGAAAGCGUGAGGCUGUGAAGUCACAUCCCAUCACAUCCAGGUGAUGCGUCGCGUCUGUACUGUUCGGUGGCUGGGUUUUAUUAUCUGGUGAUUUUUCUACCGUGUGACUAUAAGUGUGUGUACUGUCUUUUUAAAGCUGGUUCUACAUAAGUAAACACGUUUCUUGAAGUGUGCUUUCCAAGUGAAGGAGCUUUGGCGGCUGCAGGGUUUGUGAGGUAUCGGUUCCAGGAAGACUUUUCUGAGUGUUUAGUUCUGACUUUAAUAUUGUUUAAAGGGAUGUCAGACGCUGGUUGCUGCUAUUUCUAUGAAUGUAUGUCACAGCUGUGUCUGUGUUUUUAAGGCCCGACGCCGGUCAUAAUCUGGACCAGUGGAAGGAAACCUGGUCCCUGGAGGUUCUGAGUCCCUUGAUUCUGUGGUGAAAGCUUUUAAUCAAUGAUAAUUUACACUAAAUGACAUUUCUGAUGUUAUGAUGAUUUGAUAAAACCGACACGUUGUUUUGCAUUUUGUAACUUUGAGUUAAAUAAAAGACUUUUACUACG